AUGCCACAGUUCCAUCAGCAACACCAGCAGCGGCAGCAGCAUGUCGAGCAGCAGCUCCAACAGCUCCAGCGCGCCGCUGCAGCCGCCGCAGCAGCAACCAACGGCGCAAACGCCUUCUCCUACGACCAGGCCUUCACCACAGCCAUUGACGAGAAGAUCAGCCAGCUCCAGUCCAAGAAGACAAAGAAAUCCAGCAAAAAGAAGAAAUCCGUCUGCCCACGCUGGACCAAGGAAGAGGACUCCAGGCUCAAGACGCUGGUGAAGCAGUUUGAGGCCGAGGGCAUCACAGACGACACCACUCUCUGGCAGAAGGUGGCCGAGCAGAUGCCUGGGCGCGACUGCAGCCACUGCGCGCACCGCUGGAAGAACAUGCUCGACCCUUCCCUGGUCAAGGGCGCAUGGUCCAAGGAAGAGGAUGCCAAGGUGGUGGAGCUCGUCAAGAUCUACGGGCCCCGCAACUGGUCGAAGAUUGCCCAGCACCUCAAGGGCCGCAUCGGCAAGCAAUGCCGCGAGCGCUGGCACAACACGCUCAACCCAGACCUCAAGCGCGGGCCUUGGUCAGAGGAGGAGCAGCGCAUCCUCGAGGAAGCGCACGCCCGCCUUGGCAACAAGUGGGCAGCCAUCGCCAAGCUGCUGCCCGGCCGCACAGACAACCACAUCAAAAACCACUGGAACUCCAUGAUGGCAAAGCAGGCAAAUAAGGCCACAGGCAAGUCCAGCGCCAGUUCGGCGGGCAAGACCAGCGCCAGCAGCAGCGCCAGCAACCCAAAGUCUGCUCGUCGCACCGCUGCCGGCAAGGCGCGCACAGCCAAGCGCAGCGCCAGUAGCGCCUCCCGCCGCCCCACCGCCCGCCAGCAGCGCUCCCAACAACAACAACAACAACAGCAACACCAGCAGCAGCAGCAGCAGCAAUUGCGACAGCGGCGUCGCCAGGCCGGCAAGGCAAACCUGCAGCAGCGUAUGGGGGGCGCAGAGCAGCGUGCGCAUGGCGACAGCAUCGCCGCAUCCGCCGAUGCCCUUGGUGUUGGUCUGCUGGACGUGCCACAGCACUCGCCCGGCCUGGGGCUCAACUUCAUGUCCGCGUUCCCGCUCAUCAAGGCGCACGGGUUCCCCACGUCCCCGGGCAAGGCGGCACCCUCCUCCUCGUCCGCAUCCAUCACCCCGCCGUCCGUGCAGUCGCAGUCGCAGUACCAGCAGCAGCUGAGCCAGCUCGCUGCCAGCUCCAGCGACACGCUGCGGGCGCUCUUUGGCGGCCUCCCCUCGCCCUCAGCAUCGGCACAGACGGCCGAGCACAGGCACGCGCGCAGGGCGGUUGCGCCGCUGACCAAGGAGGACGAGGACCCUGCUGCUGACGACGGCCUGCCCAGCGCCAAGCGCGCCAAGACGGGCUACUCCACGGCAAGCACGCUCAACGCCGACAGCAUCUACGACGCCAUGACGCGCGCCGCUGCCCUCAGCAGCCCGCUGUUUUCGCUCAACACGCCGAGCCCAACGGCGGCGCCCGGCCCCUCGCACCACGACGCCAGCGCCCAGCUCCUGCAGAGCCUGCAGCAGCAGCGGCGGCAGUGGCAGGAGGCUGCGGCCCACACCGGUGACAACAGUGGCGCCGACGUGGCCACGACAACCCCGCAGGGCCAGCAGCACGGCCGGCAAGUGCCUGCAGGCAGCGACGCGUUCCGCGGCUGUGAGGAGACGCCCACCCUGUGGCCGCUGUCCACGGCCGCAGCGAACAGUAAGCCUGGCGAGUCCUCAUCUUCCGCCCUGGGCGGCAUGGGGAGCAGCAGCCACGCGGCCAGCCUGGCCAGCACCGUGGCCCACCUGCACAACCACCCGGCCGUGGCAGGCCUGCGCACGCCAGAGGGCAGCCCCUCCCGCCCUGUGACGGACCCGUCGCUGUCUCCGCUCUGGCAGCGCCGCGGCGUGAGCCCCAUGCCACUGCUGUUCUCCCCUGGCAAGGACAACACGGGCCUGCUCUCGUCCCCGGCGUUCACCUUCCCCACCACCACCUUGGGUGGGUUUACGCCCCGGAGCGCGCUUUCCCCGCGCAACCUGUUUACGCCCUCUGAGUUUGCCACAUCCCCCGGGCGCAUGCCACACGACUUGCCCCAGACACCCAUCCAGCUCAAGCAGGCCCUUGCCCGCUUGGAACAGUCGAAUGCAUGA